GUUUCUUCUACAAAAGUAAUAUCGAACAUCUCUUGUCCCCAGAUUACAUGGAGUCGAUAUGCAAGGACCACUUCCUCCAGCGACAGUACCGCAAGGUGGACGGCGGCGUGCUCUGGUCGCGCAACGAACGUAACCUGGACUGCACGGUGACGUUUCAGACGCACAGCAUACUGCAGCGCUUCAUGCUGCACUUCGACCUGCUGCAGCUCGACUGCAACGAUCAUCUCUACGUGUAUGAUGGGGCACAUGCCACGGCACCGCCGAAGGCUGACCUAUCGUGUCGCAACACCAAGCAGCAAGUGGGGGCGCUGUUCACCCGCAGCAACUUCGUGACUCUCAAGUACGUCACGGACAACUGGGGCACGGACGCCAACGGGUUCCGUCUCGUCAUCACUGCCGUCAAAGACCCCAAACAUGGGUGCAAGGAGUUCCGGUGUAAGCAGCGUGAGUUCUGCGUAAGCGCAGACCUCACCUGCGAUGGCGUAGAUCACUGCGCCGACGGCUCUGACGAAGACACCGCUACACUGUGCCCAGAGAGCGGAGGCACAGGCGCGGGCAGUGCGUGGGUGGCGGGAUGCGCAGGUGCGGCGGCGCUGGUGGCGGGAGCGGCUGCCACGGCUGCGUGCUGCGCCUGCCGCCGCCGCGCCGCUACUCAGCGGACUCGGUUACAUUUGCAAGAGCUGGCGAGCAGUAAUGGCGGCGGCAGUGGCGUGGGCGCAGAAGCAGGCGCGACGCGACUGCCGGGAAACCCGGAGCUCCCUGCGGGCCCGUGCGGGGCGGCGCGGGCGGGCCGCCUGCGGCGGGCGGCCUGA